CUUGUUGUUGACGAUAUUUGGUUUUUGCAUCUCAUUUGGCAUUCGACCAGUGGUUGACGCACGCCUUGUUCGUAGCGCCCCCGCCUUAAGCGGCCACCCUUAGGCUUAACUCAUCGUUCGGAGACAGCUGUCGGUAAUCCAGAUGCCUGGUUUUCGAAGUCUGGGGGAUGAGGAAGAUGUUGAGUUUGAAUGCAAAGCGUCAGAUAAGGGUCUCGAGGCCACUGCUGUGACAGGACCCGAAGGUGAAAACUGCAAAGGUUCUCACAGAAGGCCCAUGUCUAAAAAAAGGUUCAGAAAAAUAAGGUGCUAUAAUUGUGGAGAAUUUGCCAACCACAUCGCAGCGAAAUGCACGAUGGGACCACAGCCAAAACGUUGCCAUCACUGCAAAUCUGUAGACCAUUUAAUUGCAGAUUGUCCGGCAAAGGAAGAGGGGAAAAAGAAAACGCCUUCCGAUCCGUCAUCCAACAAGUGCAGCAAUAAUAAUGACAACUGUUGUGACAACAAAAACAACGGUGACUUGGUGGAGGAAUCUAUACACCAUACGAUUUGCCUUGGGAAAGGUAACUCUUUUAAAACGCUUCUGGACAACGAGGAAGAGGACGACGAAGACGUACAGCUUCAUGAUCAUAGAAUCAACUGUUCUUCCUCGCCAGCAUCAUCUUGCGGUACAGGAUCUUCUUUUGAAAAAAGAGAUCUCUAGCGUGAAUCAUUACGCUGCUCAACUUCAGCCGCUAUUUGCUACCAUCACAAGACCAUGUUUUUUCCACCAAAGAUUUUAGUCAACGUCUGACAUUAGUUACAAGGGAAUGAAGUAAAUGGAGGAAAAUCUGACAAUGGAUAAAAGCUAACAUCCCAUGUGAAACAGUCAUUGGCUAUCAAAUAUUCAGCUUUUACACUGGGAAUCUUUUAAAAUGGAUUACUAAAGUUUGAGCAACAGCAAAAGCUCCGUUUGUGUAAAAAGUUGAAAAAUAUGUGAAUGUUUUAAAAUUAAUGAGAAAUCUACAAAGUAGAUUGAAAAAACUGAAACUAAGAUUUAUUUUCAGAUUGUUCAUAUUUAAACUACCAUCUCUCAGUGCACUACACUAAACUCAAGUUAGUUAAGAUUAUAUUUCUCUUCAGCGUUCUUUCAUCAGGAUAUGAUACCCUUUUCCCAUGUGCCCUUCGGCAAAAGUACUCAUUGAAUUAAUAGAAACAAACUAAAAGUAGAAUUUGCAUUUUUUUUAAUUCUGUAACAUAAAAUGCAGAGUAAAAGAAGUUAUUUUAAAUGAAAACUGCAAUGUUUCAUGUCAUAAAAUAUAUUUAAAAUUGUAUUUCUCAUUUUAAACCAGAUAAUUUUCCUAUCAGCAUUUUAAUCCUUUAUUCAUGUCUAUUAUAAACAAAGCUUAAAUUAUUUAUAUUGCCAAAUUGUUAAAUAAUAUUAAAUAGUAAUUUUCUAUACUUUAGUUAAAAUCCUCUUUACUGCUGUUGACGAAAAUCUAUUGCAGUAAGAAAUUUUUAACAAUCUGUCUCAAAUUUAAGUAAACCACAUCUCUGAAUAAAAAGUGGGUCACCGAAAGCAGAUUAAGAGUAGGCUAAGUAAAACAGGUAAUAAAAGAAAACUAUGCUUUUGGUGCAGAUGAAGUUUUUCAUAAUUGAAAAGUAUUCAUUAUGAUCUGAUGGCAGGAAUCUACUAUGCCAUAAGACUUAGGCACAAGUUUAUCAUCGCGGAUGACGUCUUUUAUAAGCAUCCAAUAUAAUCUGAAGGCAUGGAUUUAAUUUUAAUAUGCCAUCAAACUUGAACAAAAGCUUACAAUGUAUACCUACGUAACCUAAAAUCUUCUCAAUUAGGAUACUUCACAACUGCGAUACAUCUUCCUUCGGGUCACAGAAAAGUAGGAUAACUGGCGAGAAACGGAGUUGUAUAAUAAAAUAAGUCAAUAAAUAAGUCACUUCGUGGUCAACUACUUGACAUUAUUUAAUAAUUUUAAAUACAUGAAGCAUAUGCUGACUUCAAAAUCUAAUCACAAUGAAACAAAAGAAUUUCAUUCAAAAUUAAAAAAACUUUGAAAGGUAUUAAACUAAAUAUAUUUUACAUUUGCAUAAAGGUUAUUUAAUAAAUUUGGCUUAGGAUCUUUUGAACGCUUUAGUGUAGCUUUUUAUUCGUUAUCUCUGCACGUUUCAUUAUAUUUGUAUGGAAAAUGACCACAUUCUUAACAAAAAAAUAACAAAAACUUUCUCUGGCUUUUCUUCUGAAAUAUAUUUUUUUUUUUCAUUUCUUCAUCCUGCCGAAUUUCUUUUGGUAUUUUGUUUUAACAUCAAUGUCAUAUUAUCAUUUUCUUGUAACUAAUGGUGCUGAUAUGUGAAUCGUUUUCUUUUGAAAAACUGCGCCCACAGGUGAACUAUUUUAUCAUUUAAGUGAUUCAACUUAUUUUUUCUCUAUUUUAAUUUUGUUAUUUACUUAAGAAGUAUACCGGUGCUAAUAAGUUAUUUUAAAGAGUUCUCUUUCUAAGCGAUAAGAGAACUCAGUCUGUGAAUAAAAUUUUGCUUGAAUUUCGUAUAUAGCUCUUAUUCGUUUAUUCCGCAAAUUGCUAAUAUUAAGCUUCAGUCAGUCAAUAGUUAAUAAAUAAAGAUGUUGAAAAUAUAAUAGCUUUUUAGCUAAUAUUUUAAAGAAUUAAAUGUUUUACGAGCUCCUUUUCAUUACGUUUUAUUGCAAAAAGUGUUUCAUACAAUAAGAUAUAACAAAAACAAUACUCAUCAUAUCUCAGUUCCAUUUCACGUUGGAGAGAACAAAAAUCAUUAAAAUUACGGAUAUAUUACGUGUGAUAGAAAUGAGUGAUAUAGAAGCAAUAUUGAUAAAUGUAAUUAAUUGAGUGAGACUACAUCAUUUACAUUCUUGUUUAUUUGCAGUAAUCUGUUUAUUUCAUUUUUUGCAAUACAAAGCAUGUGCGGGUUUUAUUAUUUGCUGCUAUCAGAUGUGGAAAUGUAAAGAAGGAUAUUCGUUAUUACUUCUAUAGAUGCACUCUCCAGAAAAGUUAAAAAAGGCUGCCUCAUAAGAGGCAUCUUUUCAUUGAGGGAAAAAAAUAAAAUUAAGUUUAUAAUGGCCUUGGUCUCUAUCUCAGUUACUUGCGCACGCUAAGUAACUCCUCACUUUGCAUAGAGACACCCUUAAUGAAGUUAUAUAUCCCAUUUUUUUAAAUGGCAUCUUAAUUUUGAAAAAAGGUUUGAUUUGACGUAAAAUCUUUUUGCAGUAAGCGAGACUGUAUUCAUAAACUGAGAUAUAAACUAUAAUGUUUUAUUUGAAAAAUCAUGGUAGCAAAUUAUUUUUUGUUUUAAAAUUUGUACAAUAAUGUAUUACAAAAAUAAUGGCCAAAUUAAAUACGAUAGAAGAAUAUCUCCAUUUAGCCUCAAAAUUUCUUUUUCGAACAACAAAGUUCAUUAGCUACAAUUAUCUAGAAUAUACAAACUGGGGAAACUAGUCAGAAAUACCAAAGAAUUUGUAAUGAUUGAUAAACUACAAAUUUUACUUCUGAAAAAGAUAUAAGUACGUAAGUACGUGCUCUCAAAAGAAUUCGAAAAAAUACUUAGUCUAAUUUUCUUCUACAAACUUCUGCAAAUAGGUAAUCAAAAUGAAUAAACUCGGUUCCUGUGCUUUGAAAACGGGUGAGUGAAAUAAUGUUGCAGUGCUUUUAGAGGAUGCGUGAAAUUACAGAAGCUGCAUUUUUCAGCUAAGAACUUGAGAAAAACUCUUUUAACUGGCUAUAAUGUUGCCUCGCAAUGCUGGUUCGAGGUUGGCAUGAAAAAUGUGUGUUGUUGCAGCUCUUGUAAAUAUUUAAAGGUAUCAGUGGAGUGCUGCUUUAGUGUUUAUAACAAAUGAGAAAAAAAAUUAUACACCAGUUGUGUUAAUAUUUAAAAAUGUGCAGAUACAUGUAUGAAAUAAAAAUUAAUAAAUCUCUCUCAAUUUUACGUGAA